CAAUGGAGCCUUCUUUCUCUUCUAUUGAGACCCUUGUGAAGGAGAUAAAGAAAGAGAUGUUCUCAUCAAUCUCUAUUAUUUCUCCAUCCACAUCUGCUUAUGAAACUGCAUGGCUAGCCAUGAUUCCCGAAGACCCGCAUGAAAGAAAGAACCCAGCGUUCAAGGGUUGCUUGGAUUGGGUCCUCCAUAGCCAAAACGAUGAAGGGUUUUGGGGUGAAGAAGACAAAGAUGGUCAUCCCACCAUCGAUGCCCUUCCAGCCACUCUAGCAUGUAUUCUUGCACUCAAAUUGUGGGGGAUUGGAGAUGAUAAUAUUAAUAGAGGACUGAAAUUUAUCAAUGAAAGUAUCGUGAUCAUUCUAAAGGAGAAACAGAGAUAUAAUCAUCUUCCUUAUGGGUUCGUCCUUCUUUUCCCAUCAAUGAUAGAACAUGCUCAAAAGGCAGGAUUGGAAAUCUCCUUUACUAAUGAUCAACAUAUGAUCGUAGAAGACAUUUUCUUAAAGAGGCAACAAAUUCUUGACUCGAAGUGCAUAGUUGAACAAAAUGAUUGUUCAUCGUUUUUACCAUAUUUGGAAGCAAUUUUAUUGUCAUAUGAUCAAGUUGACAUGGGAAUCAUAACAAAACAAAUAGGUUAUGAUGAUUCCCUUUACAAGUCUCCAUCUGCUACAGCCCAAGCCUUUUUGGCCACCGGGGACCAAAGAUGCCUCAAAUAUCUCCAGUCCCUAGUUCAGAAUUUUCCUAAUGGAGUGCCACCAGUGUAUCCCAUAAGUGAAGAUCUGGUGAAGCUUUGUGUGGUAGACCAAAUACAAAGGUUAGGGUUGGCUGAGUACUUUCCUGAAGAGAUUCAACAAAUCUUAUCCAUUGCUUACAGGAAUUACGUGGGAAUCAACAAAUUGCAUAUCGAAAAGAAAAAUGAUCAUUUCUUACCAUUGAGGCUAUACAAUGACUCGUUAGCAUUUCGACUCUUGCGUUUGCACGGCUACGACGUUACUCCAGGGAAUUUUUGCUGGUUUUUGGAUGACGAACAAGUGAUUGGUCGUAUAAAGAAAGACAGUAGUCAAUUUUUGAGUGCCAUAUUGAACAUAUACAGAGCCACCGAUCUUAUGUUUUCAAGAGAAACUGAUCAGUUGGGUGUUGUGAGAUCGUUUUCCAGGGAAAUUCUGGAGAAAAGCAUGUCACUGGCAGAAAAUGUCAAUGAUUUUGUUGUCAUAUUACCAAACUUUCUCAAAAUGGUUGAGCAUGAACUAAAUAUGCCAUGGAUUGCUAGACUUGAUCACCUUGAUCAUAGGUUUUGGAUUGAGGAAAGCAAAUCUCACCCACUUUGGGUUGGCAAGAGCUCCUUCUACAGGCUGCCAUGGCUUCAUGAUGAGAAGCUAUUAAGACUGGCUGAGCAGAACUACAAGUUUAGGCAAGCUAUUUAUAGAAAGGAAUUGGAGGAAGUGGGAAAAUGGUGUAAGACAUCUGGCCUUAGUACUUUGAGAUUCGGAAGGGAGAAAACAACUUAUUGUUACUUCACAGUUGCUAGCAGCGCCACAUCUCUCCCACAUGAUUCCAUUGUUCGAAUUCUGAUCACCAAAAUGACGGUUCUCAUAACGUAUGCGGAUGAUUUCUUUGACAUGAAAGGCUCUUUGCAAGAGUUGCAAUGCCUCAAUGAUGCUGUGAAUAUAUGGGAUGGUGAAGGUCUAGAUGGGCUUGGCAAGAUUAUCUUUGAUGUGCUCGAUAAUCUCGUCAACAAUAUUUCAGAAGAAUACUAUCAUCGAUACAAAAGUGACAUACUUGAAGGCAUUAGAGAUUUGUGGAGAGAAACUUUUGAUUCAUGGAUGGUGGAAACUUGUUGGAGCAAGAAUGACUAUGUUCCAACAACUGACGAAUGUCUCCAUCUAGGGAUGAUAUCCAUUGCAGUUCACACUGUGGUCCUUAUCGCAUCAUGUUUUAUGAACCCUAAAAUACCUGAACACAAGCUGAGACCAUCUGAGUAUGAAGACAUCACGAAAUUACUUAUGGCUACAACACGGAUGUUGAACGAAACUCAGAGCUAUCAAAAGGAGCAAUUAGAUGGAAAAAAUAAUUUGGUGUUACUCUACUUAAAAGAAAACCCUAAUGUUGAUAUUGAGUACAUAGUGGGAAACAUAAAAGAGACUGUGGAAAAGAAGAAGAGGCAAUUGGUUGAGCUUGCUUUAAUUGAUGGCCUCAAUGACUUACCAAAGUCAUCCAACUAUCUUCAUCUUCAAUGCCUCAAAGUAUUUCAGAUGUUAUAUAGCUAUGCCAACAAUCGAUUUGAUACCGAAACAGAUUUAGUACCUUACAUAAAGAAGGCGAUCUUUGUUCCACCGAACCACCAUGUCUUGAUGCCAAUGAAAGGGAAGGAUAAGUCAAUACCCGUGUUACCCGACCCAUCUAGAUUGAAUAAGAAAUCGACAAUUUCUUCUCGGGCUUUUGAUGCAAACUUUGUAAUAGGUUUACCAAGAAUGCUCACUAAGCCGAGAUUUAUAAAGUCUACAUCAAAAUCUGCAUUAAAAGAAGGGGUUGUUCUGCCAAACUUCAGAAUUUGUUUCAUCUAGACACCAUAUGCACCUUCCCUUUCAUUAUUGUAAUUGUUUCUUUUUGGUUGUUUUGUCGGUGUUGGUCUUUGGUCAUGUAAUGAUCCGACAUAUUGUUUAUUUUCUCAUACUAUUUUGUGGUCUUGUUGUUUCCUUCUAUUUGGUUUUGAUUGAGUAAUAAAAUGGUUUUAUCAUUUAA